GCUCCACCGCCACCUCCGGCUCCACCUCCACCGCCUCCGAACUUUCACUCCCCAUUUCCAGGUACUCCCCCUCCACGGCAAGCGAAUUUUUUCGCUCUUCCACCUCCCGCAAAUCCACCCAAAGGUGGUGUACAAUCGGGGAAAAAGGGCAAAGGAAGUUCAGCAGGAAAAGCUGUGAAAAAGGGAGGUGAUAAGCCUGCAGCUGGGGGUGGAUUGGGACAAGUACCUGGUUACCUUGUACAACCAAAACCCACUCCUCUCGAAAACUACUUCACGCCACCAGCGGCAAGUAAAGCAAGUCAGGCGGGAUCCAAGUUAGUCCAAACAAAGGAAGAAAAAUACGAAAGGGUCAGCAUCUCGGAAGAAAAAGAAAUAGAAGCAGAGUAA